AUGCCCUAUUUUUUUAAACCACUGGGAGCUCGUGCAUGGGGGUUUAUUGCAGCGAGCGUUGGUGGUACAUUUGCUAUCGGUAUUUUCCGGGAAAUUGCGCUGCUGCGGCAGAGAGAAAUUCCACUCUUUAAUGAGGCGGAUGUUGUGCACUCGGAGGAGCAUGCGCGGUACCCCUGCAAAACCUUCUUGGGUUAUGAUGUUGUUGUAACAAAUCAUUAUGUCCGGGAAAAGGGGCGAGGGGAACAAUCAUUGCUGCCACGCGGUAGUGAUGCCGAAAAUGGAAAUUGUGGACGCAGUGAUAGAGGAGGGGUCAUGAAAAAGCUGUUUGCAUGUUUUUCAAAUGAAACAUACACCACUGCUGGCCACAGUGAUUCAGUAUCAGAGGUCAACGAGUUGUAUCUUGUGAGGGAAGUUGUGGGUGAUGCACACGCACCUCGCGGUGACGUCUCCACCCGUAGCGUCAAGGGCUUCAACGGUGAUGAUGAUGACGCUGUUGAAGAUACCGUCGGUAAUCGUGUGGGCUCUUCAAUGUUCAUCGCUUCCUCCUCUUGGCCCCCGGGUACAGUUAAAUAUACCUCCAUGACUAUUGAGACGUCACAUAAUGAGGUACGAAAUGACAGUGACGCUUUGUUGCGACGCUGGAGCAACCGAGUCACGCAACAAUCGCUUGUUCGCUGCGACCCCUUGGCACCGGCCUCAAUGAACUGCCUCGCUGACGCCAGUUAUUUAGGUGCGCCAUAUCUGCGCAUCAUGCUUAGUGCUCUGCUGCUACUUCCCUCUCCGCUACCUCGGCUGCGGGUCGCUGUCCUCGGUGUUGGUGGAGGGUUCUCUCCUUCUUUCAUCGCAGCAGCAUUUCUCACAUGA